AUGCGUCGCUUUUACUCUACAAACAUACUCAAGCAUACCGCACCGAAAGAUGAAAUACAGCGCGAAGAGAAACGUGGCCAAUGUCCGCCAAUUAUCGUCGAACGUCCGUCGGAGUUCCCACAAAUCGUCAUUUCAACGCAGUUCUUAGAAUCCAGUCAGUACCACACCGAGACUGCACAGAAAUGGCUUGUAUUACCGGGUAAGAAUGGACGUCAACACAAAUUCCCACUUCAAACCAUUUUGCCCAAGGUGCAGAUGAUGCGUACCGUGCCGCCAAAGCAAUUGCCACGCGAUGUUGAAGUUGAUCGUCGGCGCCGCCAGUACAGUAAACUUAAUUUACUGCAAAUGUUGAAGGAGGCCGGCGUAACCAAUGAGGAUCUUAUGCCCACGGAAGAGCUAUACUACGCGCUUUCGGAAAAUGCAUUUAAACACUUUUUGCCACUCAGUUUCUUCGAUAACUCAAACUACGAUUCAAACUCACCGGAAGCUUGGCUCGCUUUGGGUAAGGUGGAAGAGGGUGACUAUCCACUGCCAGCCAAAGUAUAUCUACCCAACUCGCAAAGCCUUAAGGACUAUGCAUGGCAAUUUGCUGCGGUAACCGCUUACAACUAUCAGACACAUAAAUGGACGGUGCUGGCACUAAAUGACGAAUGCGUAUAUCAAGUACCUAGCGUACAGAUAAUGUUUCUCGCUGACAAUCCGCGCAAUUUCGUGCAACGUCUGAAAAAAGCCGUAGAGGAGCGCAACAAUGCCGAGCGUCAAAUCCAAAUGGAAUCAAUUGUCGACUGUGUAUUGUUGCAGGAUUUGGAGGAUGACCGCUUCAUGUCGAAUAAACGUAUCGACCGCUUGCUGGAGAAGAUAAUCGGCAGGGCUAGCGAGAACGUUCAACGCCAAAUACGUACCGAAGUAUAUCUCGUGUUCGAGCGUCUAAUGGCUUGUUAUGAGUUUGAAAAGUUCGUGAAGCUUAUGCCAAAGGAAUUCCCCACUUUCGGUGGUAGUCUUAUAUCGAACUCAUUGCCACGGUUCUUCAAAUCGCUGGAGAAUAUAAAGGAGGCCAAUAGUGUUAAGCAUUACAAGGUCGAUAUAAAGGAAUUACGCUGCUGGCUCUUGCAUGCGACAAUCUUCUAUAUCGGCGCCGGCAUCGAGGCUAUGUCCAAUGUAGCCCAACAAUGUCAGUAUAUUGAAACCUUGUCCAUUUUCUUGACAGGUUUCGUUAAACCAGUACCACUUGUGGACUUUCUACAAAUACAGCAAUCGAAUAGCAAAAAUGUUGCCACAUAUUUGAAGAAUUUUUGGCCACAGAAGAUUUCCGCCGGCAUUACGCUGGUGCUGCGCGCGCUCGGCAAAGGUUGGCUGGACAUCAGUCUGAGCAAUUGGUCCGUUUAUCAGAUGUGCAAGAUAUCACGUUUCAUCUUGCAGACGCGAUUUCGCAUGCAAGAAUCCAUGCAGGUGUUGCUUGAGAAAUCUCUAAUCAAUUUCAGCACAUAUUUGACAGAUCCAUGUUUACAAUUAUUGGAUCUCAAACCGGACUAUAAAUGGACGAGUAACUAUAUUGAAACUGAGUUUCCUUAUGCCCAACCGAUCUUCUAUUUGGCCAUCAGCAUAUCGGAAGAAAAGAAGGUGGUCUACUCAACCGCGCCGGAAGACUUCUCUCCGCAAUUAACUGAGCUUUUUAAGAAAGCUUUGGAAAAGACUAGCGGCGUACGUUGUAUUGAGGCCGAGACUUUGUUGAAUCUGAAGUUUGCGCCCAAUCUUUACAUUGAGACGGUCGAACUAAUUGAAGAUCUGUUCAUUCUAUGGAAUGAGUUGUUGGGCCGUUGUUAUGUACAAGCUGCUAUACCUCUAAACUCGUAUGCGCGCCUCUACGAACGUUUCAUCGAUUUCUACCUGCUACAUGUGACCGAUUUUAUGAAAGCAUACGAAUCGGUGAAACAUUCCUCAUCCGAGGUGAAGCAAGAUAUAUUAGAGCACAAACGACAGAAACAAGAACUACGUGAGAUAUUACCAUCCAAUAUUACAAUCGGGCCAUGUCAAAUAAACGUGGACAUAAUGAAGCAAUUAAUGAUCAGAAAGCAUAUAGAGAUUAUUAAGAAACUUUUCGAAUACUAUAUACGGCGUAUGUGGGACAUAAAUGAACAACUUCUCGAUCAAUGCUUGGAAAUAUAUCAAAAAAUUAGCGGUCGACCGCAGAGUAUAGAGCAUCUUUAUGAGAUACGCGAUUUUGCUGCCACCGUGCCGGACGUAGUCGAACAGUUGCGCGCUAAUAUACAGAUAAUGUGGCUGGAAUAUGAGAUGUUGGAUAGUUUCUUCUAUAAUCUUAGUGAUACGCAUUUCAAUAUGAAAUGGCAGGUAUAUGCUUGGCCACAUAAUAUUAUGCAACGGCUAAGUACGUUACGAGAAGAGCAAAAGAAUGAUAUUGAAGAAUUUCGACGCGUUCAUUCCAGUGAGUGUAUAAAUUUUGAAGAACGUUUGGAAUCGCUAAACGAAGAGAUACAAGCAUUCUCGCUAAUAUUCGAUCCGAAUAAGGUGACCGAGACGGCCGUGGAGGUUAAAAAAACAUGGAAGCAAAUACAAGAAAUGGAGAAAUUAGGCAAAACUCUACAAUAUCGGCAAACACUCUUCGAUCUAGAAGAACUUUCACUAGAAUUUCUCGAUAGCAUCAUAACUGGCUUUACACCCUAUCGGCAGUUGUGGUUGACUUGCUUGGACUUUUUGAAACUCGAAGAGGCUACUAUUGGCAAUCCGCUUAUUAAUCUCGAUUUGGUUGAAGUCUGGAAUUCCAUUGAAGAUAUACGGAAAUCCUUGUGGCAGACACAUGAGAUUUUCUCAGAAAAACCCGAAAUUCAAGAAGUGGCACAAUUUUAUUUGGCCAAGUGUGACGAAUUCGUGCCGGUGUGGCAGUGUAUCAAGUGGUUGAAGAAUGAAAAUUGGCUAUACAUGCAUUGGCAGGAGCUGUCGAAUCGCGGUGGCAUGGACAUAAAAUAUUCAACUGCUAUGAAUUUUGCCUACCUCAUGCGUAAAGGUAUAAUGGCGAAUUUGAAUUUGGUUAAUGAGAUAUCAUCAAAGGUCGAACAGGAAGCGGAUGAGUAUAGACGACAAAUGGAAGAGGAGGAACGUCGCAGAGAGCAGGAGUUGCAAGAGUUGCUAAUGCGUAAAGCCUUGCGAAAAUGUCGUAGGGAUAUACUUUUAAAUGAAACUGUAACCGACAAGGCGGUAGCUCAAAACCCCAAAUAA